AUGUCCGAACAAGACGUUCAUCCAAACAAAUACAGCGAACUGCGUAGUAUUUAUAAAUACUACAUUGAUUCAUAUAUUGUGUUGUAUCAGCUGAAAACGGAAAAAGAAGAAGAUUUAAACUCUAUUUACAAAAUUAUCAAAACAGAAUUGAUUGAUACAAAUAAAUAUUCCCCCAAAAGCAUGAUAAAAGACAUUUUAAAUAUCAUUCCGUAUAAUAAUCGCUAUGCAAAAUCAUAUUUAUCUCUUGCCAAACUUAUAUUUGAUGGAUAUCAUGUCAACGAGGUUAAAAAUGUUGUGGUACUUUCAAGAUUCAUGUUUUAUAAAGAAUAUAAAAUUGAAUUAUACAAAUCUGAUGACUUCAAAAAAUAUAAUUUGAAAAAUCUCGAUAUUCAUACAGAGAAUACAAUAUACAGAGCUAUUAUGUAUAAUGACUUAGAAAGAUUCAUUUCAUUCACAGAAAUAGAUGAAUUUAGUAAAUAUCAAAGACUUCAAAGCAAUUUAUAUCCAAGUUCAUCCUGGGGAUAUUCAUUACUUGAAUUAUGUUGUUAUCAUGGAGCUGUGGAUUGUUUCAAGUUAUUAAGAACAAAAUUUAAGUCAGAAAUAACUGAAGCAUGUCUCAGAUUUUCAUUUUUAGGAGGAAAUGCAGAGAUAAUGAGUGAAUGUUUGAAAUAUCAAAAACCAGAUUAUAAAUGCAUGGAAUAUGCAAUUAUUUCACACAAUAUUGAUUUUGUUACAUUCUUGAUGAAUGAGUACAAUAUCAAGAUUGUUUUAGAUUAUUGUGCAAAAUAUAAUAAUCUUGAAGCAUUUUUAGUUUAUUUCGAUCAAACUAAUGAUUUUAACAACUGCGUUUUUUAUUCACUGAUUUUUAAUAUUCCAUCCCUUUUGGAAUACUUCCUUUCACAUGGUGCAAAUAUCAAUGGAAAAGAAUAUGGAAAAACCGCUCUCCAUAUUGCAGCACGACAUAAUAGUAAAGAAACAGUUGAAUUUCUUAUUUCACAUGAUGCAAAUAUCAAUGAAAAAAAUAAAUAUGGACAAACUGCUCUUCAUAAAGCAGCAGAAAAUAAUAGUAAAGAAACAGCUGAA